UCGCGGCAUCCGAGCGGCGCGCACGUGUCACUCGAGUCCCCGCCCGCCGCAAACUUUACGCGAGUGAGUGUAGUGAGUGAGCAUGAGCUUAGUGCUGGUUGCCGUGCUGGCGGCCGUGGCGCUCGCCUCGGCAGCCUCCCCGCCCGACCCCUGCUACGAGGACGCCCGUCCGCGCCGCUGCAUCCCGGACUUCGUCAACGCCGCCUUCGGAGCUGCUGUUGUAGCUUCUUCCGCGUGUGGAAGACGCGGCCCGGAGAAGCUGUGCGACCCACCUCUCGACCAGGCCCCAGAGAAUGCUUGUCGAGUGUGUGAUGCUGCGAGAUCCGACCGACGGCACCCCUCGACUCAUCUUACUGAUCUGAACAACCCCAAUGACAUAACUUGCUGGCGAUCAGCUUCCCUUCCACCAGCAUCCUACGAUUCACCUCCUGAUAAUGUGUCCUUAACCCUGUCCCUUGGGAAAAAGUACGAGUUGACAUACAUCAGCCUCCAGUUCUGCCCGAAGGCGGCGCGGCCGGACUCUGUCGCGAUAUACAAGAGCGCCGACUACGGCGUCACGUGGCAGCCCUUUCAGUUCUACUCUAGCCAAUGUAGAAGGGUUUAUGGGCGGCCCAAUAAGGCGACCGUGACGGCGGCGAACGAACAAGAAGCGCGAUGUUCCGACAGCCAUAGAUCAUCAGGCGAGAACUCGAACGGCGCGAGACUUGCGUUCAGCACUCUAGAGGGUAGACCGAGCGCCGCCAACUUCGACCUGUCGCCGGUGCUGCAGGACUGGGUAACGGCAACCGACGUGCGUGUCGUGUUCAACCGGCUGCACAUGGUGAACGAGGGCGACGAGGUGGACAGCAAGAAGCAGGCCGCGCCCGGCACGCAGCACUACGCGGUGUCUGAUUUUGCCGUCGGCGGGCGAUGCAAGUGCAACGGGCAUGCCUCUCGGUGUAUCCCGAUGAAGGAGGGCGAGACUUCCACCGGCGCCCCGGGCGUGCAGCAGCUGGCGUGCGACUGCAGACACAAUACGGCCGGCCGGGACUGCGAGAGGUGCAAGCCGUUCCACUUCGACCGGCCGUGGGGCCGCGCCACCGCCCGCGACGCCAACGAAUGCAAAGAAUGCAACUGCAACGGCCACGCCCGACGCUGCCGGUUCAACAUGGAGCUGUAUAAGCUGUCGGGGCGCGAAAGCGGCGGCGUGUGCCUCAAGUGUCGACACUACACCGCCGGCCGCCACUGCCACUACUGUCGCGAAGGAUACUACCGGGACCCCAGCAAGCCCAUCACGCAUAAGAAGGCGUGCAAGCCAUGCGACUGCCACCCAGUGGGAGCCAGUGGCAAGACGUGCAACCAGACGAGCGGCCAGUGCCCGUGCAAGGACGGCGUCACUGGAACUACCUGCAACCGCUGCGCUAAGGGAUACCAGCAGUCCAGGAGCCACAUCGCGCCCUGUAUACGCAUCCCUCGCGUGGUCACGGCGGUGCAGGCGAUGGAGGCGGUGGACGGUGAGCCGGGCCGCGGUAAGUACGGAUCAGUGCGGCCGGUGUCGCGUCGGCGCCCGCACUCUAAACCUGAACAAGUUCUGCAGCCGAGAUUACGUCAUAAUGGGCAGGGUGGUAGGUCGCGAGACGGCGAGCACGCGGAGCGCGGGCGCGGGCGCGGGCGGCGAGUGGAGUCGGCUGGCGCUGAGCGUGCAGGCGGUGUACAAGCGCGCGCCCCGGAGCCGCCUGCGCCGCGGCGCCGCCGCCCUGUACGUGCGCACCGCCGACCUCGCCUGCAAGUGCCCUAAACUCAAGAUCAACAAGUCAUACUUAAUCCUAGGAGUGGAAAAAGAAGGGAUGCAAGCGGGUCUUCCUGGUUUAGUAGUGGGUGAACGAAGCCUCCUCCUCGAGUGGCGCGACGACUGGCACCGACGCAUCCGGCGCCUACAGCGGCGGGCCAUCAACUGUCAUUAGCUACCAACUAUCAAACACCAAUGAUCAUCUGCCAGACCCUAGUGACAAUAUGCCAAACACUAGUGAUAUUCUGCCAGACACUAGUGACAAUCUGCCAGAUGCUAGUGACAAUCUGCCAGACACUAGAGACCAUCUGCCAGUCACUAGGGAUCAUCUGCCAGACACUCGUGGCCAUUACCACAUAACGAGUGGUCACUAACCGACUUGUUGUUCGUAAUCCGUCGCUCGUUCCGUGCAAAUGUAGUUGAUUGUAACUGUUACUGCCAUAUAUUAAUGGAUCGAUACAUUUUAACGUUUGAAAAUAUUGAGUAAUUUAAUAAAUAAAAAGGUUUUUUAAUGCAAGACAUAUAAUUCCAUCAAAAUUAGAGGAACAAUGUUUUUAGAUCCCAGUAAAAUUAAAAAUACGUUUAUAUUUUGGGGUUUAUAAACCGCUCGUCUUUUUUACCAAUACCUCUGCUUUAACCUGCUCAUCACUAUGUAUUAUGAAACUAAUCAUAGUAUGAUAGUGGCAAGCAAAUGCAAUCCUUUGCAGUGGUUUAUAAUACAAUAUAUGGCUACUUUGUUUCAAUGGUAUGCAAUUUUUUUAUAAUAGGUAAUAUUAAUGCGAAAUAAAAUCAUUAAAGUACAGUCUUCUCAAUACAAUUUUAUCAUUUAAAAAUAACUUUGGCAUUACUCAAUAUUUUCAAACAAUCUUCAUAUUGGAAAUAUUUACUGGCUACCUCUACAAUUCUUCGGUGAUAUCCGCGAUAGUACGUCUCUGUUUUCAACGUAUUUGUUCCGCAUAUGACUUCAACUGUUAAACAUAAAAUACUUCUGAUUAGAACUUUAAAUAGUCAUCAUUAUAUUUUAAAGUAUUUAAUCCACGUUAAGAAAAAACAUGCUAAUAAACCAUGCUUAAAACGAAGAUAAUAAAAUAAAUAAUUAUAUGUAACGCCAAGGAAUAUUUCUGAUAUGAACGAAUCGUUUACCUAGUCCGUUUUAGGGAUAACGUUUCAGAAUAAGAAUAUACAUUUUAGGGGUUUUCGAACGUUACUCGUUAUACAUCAUCGAAUUAUACAAAAUGCCAAAAAAAUAAGCUCAAAACGCUCCAACUUUCGACUUAAAUCGCUGUUUUCCUUUCCUAGGAUUUCGUUAAGAAUCAAAAUAAGAUUUAUAUAAAAUUAAUAUCAUGGAGCAUAAUGCAACAAAUAUAAUACGCUCCUGAGAAUUAUUUAUUUCGUAUAUCGUAAUUGUGUAAGGUAUCGUUCCAUUUCACGCAUUUUAUGUAAAAUUGUUAUUUUAAAAAAGCGCGUUGAUAUUGUUUUCCGCUCUGUUGGCAGCAUUGCGUUAUAGUGCCAACUGUUUGAGAAACAACACUUUGUAGUGGCAACACUUUCUUGUUUUGACAGUUGGUACGUUUGUUGCCAGUGUACAAUUUAGUUGUAGGUCGUAUCGAAGACUCAUCUCCACUUCAUAGUCACAAUGGUUUAACGUACCUCAUUUAAUAUAAUAAUCUUAAGGGUUAUAUAUUUAAUUUACAAUAAAAAGUAUAAAAUAAGUUUUUCUACGAUUAAGCCUAAACCAUGUAUAAAAAUUGUGUUCGUAUUUCGACUAUAAAUUGAUUUAAAAUUUAUUUUUUGAUCUUGCCAAAGUAACGUUUGUUUGUACAGAGUACUUAACUCCUCUGUCGUGUAUGCGUUCGAUGGGAUAUUUGAACGAAAUACGUUGCCUAAUUUACUUGUGUACAGUAUUAUUAGCUUUACUAAGAUAUAUAAUGGUUAAGAAUCUUUCCUUUUCAAAAAGUACAGGGGCGAAGUGACCUCCCAUAUUUAAAAUAUUAAAUUUAUUUUAUAAUAUCAUUUCAUUUCUUCAAUCACUUUUAUUCUGUCACUAAAGCAAGACAGAAGUAAAAUAUAAUAAAAGAUUCAGUAUGGUAUAGCCAAACUUUCGCUAACAAACAAAACUUCCAACGAAACUAAACAUACAUCAUAAAAAUGGCUAUAAUUUCCCCAAAACAUUUAACAUCUCAAUAGCACGCACCGAAUCAUUGUAAUCGUUACAAUUGAGCCGUCUUUGUUAUUUAUGCCGAGGAUGCUCGCGGCCGGGCACAAGUAUAAAUCACGUUGACGCACGAUGGAACAAUUUACAAUAAUCUCAGUCGCCCUUCGAGGACGGACCGGACUCUGUACUUUAUGCGGGGAUUAAUAUUUAUAAAUGUUUCCGUUUUUGAUGACUUUAAGUGAAAGCUUAUUUCAGAAUCUCAUGGAUAUGUAGCUCAGCGCAAAAAAGACUUUAGCAUUUUUGUUAUAUAUAUGCGGUUUAGGCUUGCCUUUUUAAUUACACCAUAAUGGAAUAAUAGGUAGCUGAGACGUAACUUUCUUUUAUGUAAAUUAUGACUCGACAAAUACUUUUUCAUUGUGAAUAAAGAUAAUUGACAAUCACUUGUACUUCACUUCUUCUAUUCACUAUCAUGACAGGACAUCUUGUUAACUUCAAUUAUUAUAAUUUGAUAUAAUCCAAUACAAAAUAUUUACGAUAAUUGUGACAUUUAACUCAACCAUCACAAAUUGUGGGUACAGGGCCCCGGUUUUCUACCUAAAUCCGCCCUUGCGCUUCAAUCGUUGAUCACAUAAAAAUGGCGCCUUGCCAACGGCCCUCACCGCUCAAUUCCCUUUAAUACUUUAUAUUUUACCGUAAACUGUUUAAACAUUUUAAAACGGUAAACAUUACUUCCAUUCUUCGCCUCAGUACAUUUUGAUACGGAAGACAAAUAAUUUAUAGUAAAUAUAAAAAAUACUUAUUUAAAAACUAGGAUUCUCGCUUGAUCGUUCUACGGUUUGUAAAAAGUGUAUUUAGUUGUAGAUGGUCUAUACCCUGUUUCUAGUUAUGCAUAUCUCUAGAUUUCGUAAUACUUAUUACGUUCGGAGUGUGUUUCUGCAUGUUUGCCGUUUUGUAAUAUACCGGCGCGUAGACUGGAAUUUGCAGCAUUAAAAUAUUUAGCCCUUCUUAAUUACGAUUGCUUAUGAAACGUGAAUAAACUAAUAACUCUAAUAAAAUAUGCCUAUAAAUAUAUUUAGCAUUUUGAAUUGCAAUAUUCUUCCUUGAUACAGCUAUAUAAACUAGGUAUGAUGUCUAAGUGUCUAUCAAAUCAAUUUGACAAUAUUUAAAAACAAUAUCAAGUAAUUUUCUUCCCAGUUGGGGUGUAAUAUAUGACUUGUGGCUGCCAUUUUAAAUAUUUAAAAUGAUUGUUCACGUCCAAGUUUUUGAAAUCGUGCAGAAAUACAUUUCAAACGGUAUUAAACAAAUAUAUUAAUAUCUGAAUCGUAAUUGUACCUAUAGUUAUAGGAUGUUUGUAUUUUUACUGACAAAUGUGAAUAUUGUUUUAUUAUUUUUUCAUAAUAAUUUAUUAAUACAACAUUUUUAACAUAGUGUUAUGUCCAGCGUAUUUCCAUGACAUGUAUGUUCUUAAUUAGAUUUAAUAUGAAGGCCGCUUAUGAGAUUUCAUGAAAAAUAUAUUUAAGAAAAUCUCCAUUACAUCUUAACAUUAAAAACGGUAUUACAAUAUGAAUUUGCUAAUGUUACUACAUAUUUUGGAUUAUUGUGGUAAGAAUUAUAUUUGAAUAAUUUUUCUUUUAUAUCGAAAUAUUUUUUUUUAAAUUCUUAUAGCGCACAACGGCCUAUGAUUUUCGGCCUGAUUAUAAAAAUAAUUUCUUCUGCGACUGUUUUGAUACUUUAUGAGUAUUGAUUUAUAUGAUAAAUAAUUUAAUUAUUAUAAUUUAUGUAUGUAAGGGAUGUCAAUUGACUUGUGGCAUUUACACGAAAAUUGGGUGAACCGUAGAUAUGGCGAGGAUUGAGACUUUUUUUUUUUUUAAUAUUAGAAAUGAACUCACGUCAAGGCUUAAUACUUUCAAUGUUGGCUUGAUAACUACGCAUUGAUAAAGUUAUUUAUAUUCUUUUAAAUAAAAAAAUCAUUCAAUUGUUUAUUAGAGGACAAAAAACCUCACAUUGUCUAUGGUUCAUCCAAUGUGACGCAUGCUUAGUGUACUUGCGAUGAACUUGUGUUUUCAUGAUACCCUGCUCCUGUGAUGUAAUAAAUGUUAUUGGUUAUAUUUAUUUAAAAUAAAAGUACAUUAAUAUACUGAAAAAAA